GGCCAGGUGGAGAUUCAGGGGCCAGUCGGGAGGCGUGAAGGGCCCGGUUUCAGUAAGGGCAUGGCCAAAGCUUUCUUCAGGCUACAGAAGUUUCUCCGUCGGACCCAGUUUCUGCUUUUCUUCCUCACAGCAGCUUACCUGAUGGCUGGCAGCCUCCUGCUGCUACAGCGGACCCGCUUGGUUAUCCAGCAAGGUUCGCGUGGGACCUCCGCUAAUCAGGCCCUGCCAGUGCCAGACGGGAUGGCUGGGGUUGGGAUUGUAGACCCCAGGAUGCUGCAAAACCCCCACCCCGGUCCCAGGCUGCUGGUGGGCAUGGACGCACUGCAGGAGCUGGCCCUGGACCAGCGGCACAGCCCGAGGUGGCUCGUGUCCCGCAACUCGGAGCUCAGGCAGUUGAGAAGAAGGUGGUUUCACAGGUUCAUCAGUGAUCAGGAGCCCGUGCAAACAGUGGGAUUUAAAGCGAUGACGCACACUGCUGAACACAAAGGCACCUACAUGGGAUGCUUCAGCGAUGAUUCGAGGGAGAGAACGCUGAAGGGAGCUGUGUUUUAUGACUUAAGAAAAAUGACAGUAUCUCACUGUCAGGAAGCUUGUGCUGAGAGGGCUUACACCUAUGCAGGCCUGGCAUACGGAGCAGAGUGCUACUGCGGGAACAAGCUCCCAGCGACCGCGUCGAAGCCCGAGGAGUGCAACAGCGAGUGCAAGGGGGAAAAGGGCUCCGUCUGCGGAGGGGUGAACCGGCUCUCUGUCUACAGGGUGGAGGAGCUGCGGGCAGGAGUGAGACGACGGAGGAAUGUUAUCUAUCGAGGAUGUUUUAGAGCUCCAGAAAAUUUAACAGACACCUUUCCAGCCUCUUUGAUACAGCCCAAUUUGACGGUGGAGAUGUGCUCUGAAUUUUGCUCCAAGAAAGAGUUUCCCUUGGCAGUCAUCCGAGGGCAGGAGUGCUACUGUGGCUACCCCACCGGGCGCUUCUCGCUGCAUGACGGUGCAGAUGGGCUGCUCUGCAGCGAGAUGCACAACACCAGCAGUGCCACCAAGGGAAAAUACUGCCUGGUCUAUCAGACACCAGUGCAAGACACCCGCUGCACAGACAGGAAAUUCUUAACCACCAAAUCCAAAGUGUUCGUUGCUUUGUCAAGCUUUCCUGGGGCUGGGAAUACGUGGGCUCGCCAUUUGAUAGAGCAUGCCACAGGAUACUACACAGGAAGCUAUUACUUCGAUGGAGCCCUCUACAACAAAGGUUUUAAAGGAGAAAAAGACCACUGGAGAAGUAGAAGGACCAUCUGCGUGAAAACACAUGAAAGUGGCAAGACGGAGAUUGAAAUGUUCGACUCAGCGAUCCUGUUGAUAAGGAACCCAUACAAGUCACUGAUUGCGGAGUUCAACAGGAAAUACGCUGGGCACCUGGGGUACGCCACCGACCGCAACUGGAAGAGCAAAGAGUGGCCCGAUUUUGUGAACAGCUAUGCCUCCUGGUGGGCCUCCCACGUCCUGGACUGGCUGAAGUACGGGAAGCGCCUGCUCAUCGUCCACUACGAGGACCUGAAGCAGAGCCUCAUCCCCAAGCUUAAGGAAAUGGUGGAGUUUCUGAAUAUGACAGUGACAGAGGACCGACUGCUCUGCGUGGAGAACAACAGGGAUGGGAAUUUCAAGCGUUCUGGUGCUAAGCAAAAGGAUUUUGAGCCAUUCACCCAGGAAAUGAAAGAUCUUAUCAAUGGAUACAUCCUGACAGUAGAUGAAGCCCUGAGGGGAAGAAACUUCACAGGGCUGCCCAGAGAGUACGUGCCAAGAUGAUAGCCUGGUA